AUGCGCACUCGUGCUUUCGUUUUUUGUGGGGUGGCCGCUAGGGAAGAUCUGGCGGGCUACAAAGAACGCCUUCGCCAUUUGGUAAAGCGGCUUGAUGCUCCCCAGCUUGCUCGGUUGUCUGCCUGCGGCAGGGUGAGGUUGAAUGCCCUCUGGUCCCGCUGUCGGGCUGCUACCGUGCCUGCGAGGAUGCAGGAAAUGGAGGCAGUGGUCGUGCCUAUGGCCGGGGCGGUGGUCGAGGAAGAGGAGGAGGUGAUGGGGGAGGAUUUCAGGAUUCUUGGGGGGUGGAGUUCGGGGGGGUUCGGUCGGUCCUGCUAG